GGGCGAAGAUGGGAAGAAGCCACGGAAUAUCUAAACGAGCUUUAUGACGGCUGUGGUCACCCGCUUGUGUGUGUGUGUGUGUGCACAUUUGUCAACUUCUUCUCUCUAUCUCUCUGUUUUUCUCGUUUUGCCUUCUCUUUUCCUCCUUGUGAAACAGGAAAAGAAGUUCCAAGACAAUGAAGUUUGCGAGUAGUUCUCACACGAAAGGUCUCAUUGAAUUGUUGUCGACAGAGGUGCACACACACGCGCGCGAGUCUUCACCAACUCACCGCUACACCAACAUAGCCUUUCUUUUUUAUUUUGUACUCCUCUUCGUUGUAAAAGAAGAUCCUUUCCUCUCUAUUCAUUAGCGCGAUGCUUUGCUGGAUUCCUUGCUUUUGUUUCCUCCAAUUUUUGUUUACCUCUGCGUAUCGUGCACCAGAGUCUCUUCGCGUUUUCGCAGUGUUCUCUCCUUUUUGUUUGUACGAAAACACUCUUUUAUGCAGCACCAAGCAUCGUUCCUUGUAGAAAGCUGUUCUCUUUUUUUUGGAAAUGAUUUUUUGUUUCCUUCAUCAUUGACGUACCACCACAAUUGACGCACACAGAGUUGCUUUUGCAUAUAGUUUUUCCGUUUCUUCUCCUCCACGCGAGCGCCUCUGUUUCUCACAUUUUCUUUUUCCUGUUUGCUCUUUCUUACUUCAUUAUACCCAAUAGACGUGCCUUCAGCGGUGCAGCCAAGUCCGUCCACACUCACUUAACGGCCAAGACCACGGCACUGAAGAUGCUGAAUGCGAAGCCUCCCUCUCCAAAACCUCCCCUACACCCCGAAAGCUGCGAAGGUGCGCCGAAUGUUAAGCAACAGGGAUAUGAAAGAGGUCCAUCCACCACUACUUCUUCUUCUACGAUUCCCAGCGCAACGCCAGACAUGCCACAACACGGGGCCCCAGACGGUACUCGUGUCACGGCCGCUAACCCACCCCUUUCCGCCGCGUCGCAGCUAAAUGCGACACCCGAGUCGCCGCCGCCGCGGCCGUCGUGGGAGAUGCGUCUGGCCGCCCUGCGUCAGCGCCGUAGAAUCGUGAACGCGGAGCGAAAACCCCAGAGCGACAUCGCGGCCGCUGCUGCGGAUGAUGACGGUGCUACGGCCGCCGUUUCCAGCAGCUCUUCGCUGGCCGAGGAGCGAGGCGGAGACGCUGACAACGAGGUGGAGCGGGCACGGCAGCAGCCACAGGUGUUCGUUCAACACAGCAAGUUCUCCGUCUCCCCGUUUUCGUCUGUCCUGUCUACCCCAACGAGCGACGACGAAAGCGCUGAGGCCUUUCGUUCUCCCCUGCACGUAGCUCUGGAGGACUCGCCGGUGGCCCCUCCUGCAUUCCGUGCAACGGUGGAGUACGUUGCGGACGGGCCGGGUCGGCGCGGUCGUGAUGGUGGUGGGGCGGAGGGGGGCAGCGCCGUCGUGCCCAUGCCGCGCACGCGAGCCGCCGUUGCGACAGGCGUGCGGCCGCCGGCCUCCCCCGCCCCUUCCGGCACGUCAAGCGUCCCCGCCUCUCCUCCCCCCGCGGCGGUGGUGAUGAUGGCUGCCGCGGCGUCGCCUGGCGCGGCCAACGUGGCGCGUCCUGCGAUGGCGGGCACGCGUCUCUCCUCCCGCCCGGUGCCCUCCAUCAUGUCCGCUGCCUCCACGGCGACGUUCUCCGAGGAACCGUUUGCGGAGAGAUCGUUUGGGGUGUUCUCCUGGCGUGACAGUCCUCCCUCUCGCCCGGUACGCGCGGCUCCCAUGCAGCCGGACUCGCACACGUCCGACGAGGAGUCACAAUUGGAAGGGAUGUACGAGGACGGCGAGGCAGCACAGAUGGACUGGUCUGUGGGGACACCUCCACCGGAGUUGUCUGCAGUAGCACCAGCAGGGUCAGGGCCCAACAACAGUGCCUUGGCCCUUGAGAAGAAGAGGGGUGCAAGGGCGGAGGUGACAAAGCAGUUUACGGUGCACACCGCUUUGCUGCAAAAAUUGUCCACACCACCGUUGACGUCAGGAGUAGAUUCCUCAUCGACUUCGCAGACGAAUGCGUCCCCCCCAAACAUGUCGUCAGAAGUGGCGGUAGAAGUGGCGCAGGAGCCCUACGAGAAGGCAACCUCACUCAGCGGUUCUCUGGUAUCUUCCAGCAACGGCGAGGAUAUCGAUGGCAAACGUGCAGCUCCGUUGUCGACCGAAGCGCCACCAUACGCUGCGCUGCCUGAACCGUUUCGUCAAGCAAUGACAGCCAGGCAUUAUCCCCAGGAGAAGGGAGUGAGUCACAGAAUUGAUGCAAAACAGAUGCAUCCGUCAACUGGAACACAACUUGAACGCAGAGAGGCAAACUUCUCGCCCACGUCUGCGGUUGCCCCGGGCACAGCUACCCUCUCAUCUGUGGCCCACCAUGAGGGCGACGGAGAUAAAACUCAAGACAAAGCUGAUGCGAAGAAAAAAUGCGCUGGUGGGAAUACGCAACCACACAACACGGCUUUGACAUCGAAAGGCUCAAGCGAGCCAUCAAAUACGCGGCCGUCGGCGCCCGCCACCCAGCAGCCGACAGCACCUCUAACUGCUACACAGACACCUUCAGACAGAAAACCUACCUGGGCGCUAAAUGGCGAAAGCCCCGCAAAAGGACUAUCAGAGAAGAACGUCCCGCUAACGCGUCAGGAGCGUUUGGUGGCUGAGGGAAACGGUGCGAAAGCGAAUUUCGCGGAUCGAGACAGUCGUGGGAAGCCGUUGGCAGACAAGAAGGGUGAAACGGUUCCUCCAGCACAUCCGGUGAGCAACGCGACGGCGACUGAAAUGCCGUUUCAAAGGGAUGCAAGGGUGGGCAGGACGGUGCCAUCUUCGGCACAGACAUUUGCAUCGCCGCCGCCGCUUACGCAGUUUCGGGUGCCACGUGACGCGGAGGAGCCCGUGUCGAAAAACGCUCCUGCGACCCAGCCUGCGACGCCGCAGGAGAUGGCAGCCGCUUCCCGGACACCGCCCACAAAAGGACCUUCUCCCACAUCACACGCAAAUGCGUACAUCGUGCCCGCGAAGGCGGUUCGCAGCGAUGCGCAACAGCGACAGUACAGCGAUCCGGUCGCCAACCGCGGCAGCGCCCUGCCACCGCUGCCUUCUCUACGUCAGGUCCAAAAGGCACCGACUCUGCGACCUCUUUUGACGCAGCUUGUGUCCCAGGCGAUGAUGCAUGGCGCGGUGCAAGACAGCGGCUCCGCCUCCCCCAUCGCACCCGUCUCCCCAGCUACCGACGCGCCGUCUCUCGACCACCAAGUGCGCACCGCCGUUCCCACACCUUCCAAUUACACACACCCGGCAACGCCGAGCAGCGAUUUACUGUCGUCACCCGUACCGACUUGCCAGCGUCCGCGAGCUCCAUCGCCUGGCAACUCUCCAGAGGCGAGGAGGAAGACCGAGUCGCCAAGUCUGCGUUCUUCGUCCUUUCUUCAGCAGCAGCAACAACCGCGUUACCUCGAACCGAAUCAGCCAGACUGGCACGCGGCGCUCGUAGCCGGGGUGCGGGUGCACCGUGACAGCCCGCACACUCGUCGCCCGCAUUGCCCGUCGCGAGAGCGGUCGCAGACAGGGCGCAUCACGUCCGCGUGGAGCUCGCGGUCGCCUGGGGCAUGGGAUGGGCUCAUGUCCUCCGUCUCCGCGGAGCGCGACGCCUCGCUGUUGGCCGAGUCAGCGCUGUCCUCCAGCAGCGGCACGACGUUACGCCGCGCUGGGUCGGCGGCGGCGGACCGCAACGCGUCUUCGACAGCUUCGCGCAGUGCUUCAGUUCGCUCGCUGCUCUCCACUGUUGUGUACCCGAUCUUCAAUGCCACCUCGGUAGGUCUCAAGUACAACUUGACCGAUCCCCCACCUGCUGCUCCGUCUUUGCGCACGGAGUGCACGCAAGUCAUCCGUGAAGAGCUUGAGCUGCAGGCGCGCCUUAACAAGUUGAAGGCGGACUCUCUCUGUCGGCGGAUAGAGCGCUACCACUAG